AUGAAUAAGUUCAUAACCAUAGCUUUGAUUGCCUUAGUAAGUGUUUAAGCCUUGGAUAUCGAUUUCGCUCUCCUCUUGCAGACAGGAUCAGAAUCAAAUGAUGCUGUUUAAGCCGUCUAUGAUUUAUUGAAUGAUUUGAAAACCAGCAACAUUGAAGCUCAAGGUGUUGCAGAUGAAAAGAACAUUUCCGAUGAAGAAAUCGGAUAAGGAAGAAUUGCUGCUCUUUCCAAAGUUAAUGAAUUAAAUCAAAAAGCCUGGGCAAGUGCUAAGGCCAGAAGAGAACAAAUUGGUGUUGAAUACAGAGAAGCAACAGACUACAUUGCAUGGGCAACAUAAAGAUUAGCUGAUAUUGAUAGAAGAGAAGUUGAACUUGAAGAAUUGAGAUGUUUCUCAAAUGGAUUGUUUGUCAGAGCUAUCAAAUAACAUAAUGAUGCUUUGGGAGUCAUCAAAAUAUUGAAGAAUGAUUUAAGCGGUUAUUUAACAGGAGCUCCAUCAUCAAUGGUUGAAUUGAAGGUUGAGAAUGUUGCUGACAAAUUGAAAUAAUACAGUCAAUUGUUCAAUUAAGAUGCCAUGUCCAAAUUUGCUCAAUUAGCUGCUGAAUAAGCUUCUGGAAAUGCUGAAUUACAUGCAUUAGGAGAAUCUGAUGCUUCUACUAGUGGAGAAAGACAACCAGGAGUUAACGUUGGAUAACUAGUUUAUAACGCCUUGAGUGACUUAGAAGAUCAAUUAAGAGCUGCUCUUGCUGCCUUAGAACAAAAUGAAAUAGCUGGAUAUUAUCAAUUGGCUGAUUGGUUGGCUGAUUCUGAAGCUGAAAAAGUUCACCUUUAAGACGAAAUUCAAAGAAAAACUUAACUCCAAGAUAAGUUGGUUGUGUAAGAAUAAGCUGCUCUUGCAGUCUAAGCCAAGGCAAAUUCAGUCUUAAAAGAUUCAUAGAAUGCUAUUAAUGCUGCUACUGCCAGUCUAUACGAAUUGAGAGAUCUUUAUGAAACUGAACUCAAUAGAAGAAAUGAGGAAAAUGCUAUUAUUGAUGAAGUCAUUCACAUCUUCAAAUAGUAAGUUUUAGAAAUGGCUAACUAAUCCUCCUAUGGCAAAAAGUGAUUAUGACAUAUAAAAAUUAUCAAUUUAAACUGAAACAAUUAGUCUCAUC